GCGGCCAGCUCUGCCUCAGGAGCCCAGGCUGCCCUGUCCCCCCGUUCUCGCUGCCCGCGUGGAGCCAUGAGCUGCGUCCUGAACAGCGUCGUCCCCCUGGGGCUGGUGUUGCUGGUCUGCGGAGCCCAGGGCUUCUUCCUGCCCAACGUCACACACCUAGAGAAGCUGCUCGGCAAGUACCAGCAGGACGGGCCGCACUCCCGGGGCCGGAGGGCCAUCCCCAGGUCGGACAAGGAGGAGAUCCUCUCGCUGCACAACAAGCUGCGGGGCCAGGUGUACCCCCCGGCCUCCAACAUGGAGUACAUGACCUGGGAUGAAGAGCUGGAGAGGUCGGCGGCGGCGUGGGCCCAGGAGUGCAUCUGGGAGCACGGGCCUACCGGUCUGCUGGUGUCCAUCGGGCAGAACCUGGGCGUACACUGGGGCAGGUAUCGCUCCCCUGGCUUCCACGUGCAGUCCUGGUACGACGAGGUGAAGGACUACACCUACCCCUACCCCCACGAGUGCAAGCCCUGGUGCCCCGAGAGGUGCUCGGGGCCCAUGUGCACCCACUACACUCAGAUAGUCUGGGCCACCACCAACAAGGUCGGCUGUGCUGUGAACACCUGCCAGAAGAUAACUGUCUGGGGAGAAGUUUGGGAGAAUGCGAUCUACCUCGUCUGCAAUUACUCUCCAAAGGGGAACUGGAUUGGAGAAGCCCCCUACAAAAACGGCCGGCCCUGCUCCGAGUGCCCGCCCAGCUACGGCGGCGGCUGCAAGAACAACCUGUGCUACCGAGAAGAGACUUAUGACCAAAAGCCUGAAACGGACGAGAUGAACGAGGUGGAAGUGGCCCCCAUCCCUGAAGAGAAGCACGUUUGGGUCCAGCCGAGGGUCGUCAGACCCUCGAAGCCCAAGAAGACCCCUGCCGUGAACUACAUGACCCAAGUUGUCAAGUGUGACACCAAGAUGAAAGACAAGUGCAAAGGGUCCACGUGCAACAGGUACCAGUGCCCAGCAGGCUGCCUGAACAACAAGGCGAAGAUCUUUGGGACUCUCUUUUACGAAAGUGCGUCCAGCAUCUGCCGGGCAGCCAUUCACUAUGGCAUCCUAGAUGACAAAGGGGGCCUGGUGGACAUCACCAGGAACGGGAAGGUCCCCUUUUUUGUCAAGUCUGAGAGGAACGGUGUGGAGUCUUUGAGCAAAUACAAGUCUUCCAGCUCCUUCACGGUGUCAAAAGUGAAAGUGCAGGACCUGGACUGCUACACCACCGUCGCUCAGCUCUGCCCAUUUGUGAAGACGGGGACCCAUUGCCCAAGAGUUCAUUGUCCGGCGUACUGCAAAGAAGAGCCGUCCUACUGGGCUCCCGUGUAUGGGUCCAACAUCUAUGCAGAUACCUCGAGCAUCUGUAAGACCGCCGUGCACGCGGGAGUCAUCGAGAACGAGAGCGGGGGCUACGUGGACGUGAUGCCCGUGGAUAAGAAGAAGACCUACGUGGGCUCGCUCAGGAACGGCGUUCAGUCUGAAAGCUUGAGGACCCCUCGAGAUGGGAAGGCCUUCCGGAUCUUCGCUGUCAGGCCGUGAACCUCCGGUGCGGGGGAGAAGGGGGCAUCUUCAGGAGGGCUUUGGGGGUGUGCUUUUUAUUUUUAUUUUGUCAUUUUGGGGGUGGGCUGGGGAUAAGGAGAGUCAGGAAACUUCCUUGAGUGGCAUUCAGUGUCACAUCCUUCGUGCCUUUGUCUCAUCUCCACGCCGUGGAGAAACAGCAUCCUUGGGUCCUGACCAGACAACUGGUGGGCAGUCCUGUCUACACCUGGGGGUCUCCACCUGGGUGCCCUCUCUGCACAGUCACCCCAGAUGUUCCUUCCUUCGUGUUCUCUUGUGGGUUUCCAAACCCGCAAAGAGCACAGAGGAUUUGGAGCUUAGACGGCAAGGCAUUCAGGGGCGUGGGAAGAGGCAUAUUGAGCGCGCUCAGGGUGAGUUUCAGGAAUGGAGUAGAAGGUAGUUAUUUAAAAAAUUGAAAAACGCAGUCCGUCCCUACCAAUGGAGAAAAAUGGGUUUAAUGUUUGCUGGUCAGACAAACGGGCCGGAACAAGGGGCCGGGGGAGGGGAGACUCAGGCUCUGCCCUGGCACCUGUCCUCUCGAGCAUCCUGCCAUGUGCAGGCUGGUUCUAUAUACAGCAGUGCUGGUUUAUUUAGAGUUCAGCAGUAACUCCAGAGAUUUAUCUUGUCUUUGUUCUUCCUUCAUCCACGUGGCCCAUCUGUUUGCUGCCAUGACCUUUGGUCUCGAUGGGGACUAAUGAACUAGGAUCCUUUCUUUACCCCCUACCCAUUGUGGCUCACGCCCCAGCCCGGACAAGUUUAUGUGUCAUAUUUCACACCAGGGUCUUUGCUUUGCAAGCAAUUCUGUUUGAAACCCACUUUUUUUUAAACUCCUAGUCUCUGUUGGUUCCAUUGAGGUGUCUAAAAACAGCCAAAGAAGGGCUAUUUUGUUGCUGCUUUUAAAAAACGACAAUUAAAUGUGCAGAUUCCCCAUCCGUCAGAUGACCUAUUUUUUAGCAGUGGGAGGAAUGGAUUCCUUAGUACAUUCCUCGCCGAGGUUAACAGCUCUGGGAAGAGGAAUCGUUUGUGGUUAUGAAACCGUCCUGCGGCAUAAUGACAACAGGAGAUGGGAACACUCUAGAAGGAUUUCUCGUCCUGUUUUUGUGGAACAACUCUUGCCAAAUGUUCCUGAGGCUCCGAGGAGUGCGGUGCUCUCUGGCUUCCAUCAUUUUAUAAGAGUUCUUCGUAAGCCCAGACCAAAAACCCACAGUGAAAUAAAAUACCCGUUUGUAAAUAGCAUUUCUCUGCAGAAGGUAAAAUUCCACCCUCCACCACCAAGCUGGCCAAUAUAUCACUUUUGUGAGUGCCGGUUUCAAAUUUGAUUUCACUCUCCAUCAAAAUGUUUCAAAAGCAAAGGAACUAGCAGAAAGUAAAAAAAAAAAAAAACUAAACUAGUCUAGACAAGGAAAUCUAUCUGGGAACUAGGGGGGUGCGUCGUUGAGUGCAUCUCUAAUUAAUGCAGAAACUGAAGGUAAAUAGCCCCACCCCCCUUGAGGGUGUCUGUAAAAGUAAUGAAACUCUUAGCUUGACAGAGCUGAAGUUAGCAAGGCUGAGUUUUUUCUUGUGCAUUGUGGGCUCGUAGUAAUUCAUAGCUUCUGACUAUUCAACCCGAAAUGUCAGAGCGAAAGAAUUUGGUCAGUCAGUCAGAUAUUGUGUCUAGUUACAGCCAAAGAUCUGAGUACUUGGAAACUUCUGGAUUCUAGGUGUUUGUGCUGCUGGACUUCUUCUCCAUUGGACCUGUGCUUUGUCACCAGCCUUCUGUGGCUAUGGCUAUGUCGAAACUGCGAGUUUGGGUUUUUAGAAUUAGUGACAGUCCAGGGGUAUUUCAGUGGGUUUGCUCUUGAAGCGUCCUACCCAAGCGAGAAUCUGAAACUUCCAGGGCGAGUUGACCCCAUCAUUUUAAAAUAAAGUUCCCGGCUUCCUGAACGCCUCCUUAGCCGGCCCGUCUAACGGGAUGGAGAGCACUCGCCCAGAGCCAGAUCUUGCUGUCUUUUUCGUCCUCGGGAACAUUUUGAAACUGGAACCAUUUUUCUUCUGAAAAUGGAAACAAAGCUACAAAGUAUAAGCCCCUGUAAUCAGGGACGGCCUCUGAUUUUGUGUGUUUAACAGGCCCAUUGCACCAUCGGCACUUACCCCAUAAAAAGACCGUAAAUCAGGCCAACAGUGUUUCUGGGUCUCCUGCCCCUAAAAUGAAAAGUUUCAGUUUCCUUCAGACUUUUGCCCCCCGUGUUCUGACUUUUCUUGUCGUCUGUAGGCUUACUCAGCCCGCAGCCUACGUGUGUGCUUUUUUCUAUGAAAAAUGAUGUAUUUUACUACUUCCUAUGUACAAAAGUUUAUUGUAAAUUUUUUUUGUGUGCUUUGCAUGAACAGGGACCACGUUGCUGUUGUUUCAAUAAAACUGGUUUGAUUUCUAAGACGUUUCUGUGACGUAUCUUUUAUGGACAAAUCUGAACAGUUUGUGAAAUAAAAUGUUUAAAACCUC